AGAAGACUAGUCUGUACCCGAAUGUAAUUAUGAGAGGAACAAAAUUAAUAUUGAUGGAGGUAGGAAAUGUAAAAUUUCUGGAUUCUCUCAAUUAUUUUCCUAUGCCUCUAACUGCUCUACCCAAGGCGUUUGAUUUGAAAGAGCUAAAGAAAGGAUACUUUCCACAUUUAUUCAACACUUUGGCUCAUCAGAAUUAUGUAGGGCCAAUUCCAGCGCUCGACUUCUACGAUCCCGACCAUUUAAAGGAAGACGCUCGGGAAAAAUUAUUAAAAUGGCAUGGCGAAAGACAAGCGGAGGGAUACGUUUUUGAUUUUCAGAAAGAAAUCGUUGAAUACUGUAUCUCCGAUGUGGAAAUAUUGACACAGGCGUGUCUCAAAUUUCGAGACCUGAUGAAAACCGAAACCACAGUCGAUCCCUUCCAGGAAAGCACCACUAUUGCAUCAUGCUGUAACAAAGUCUUUAGACGCAAUUUUUUAAAACCUGAGACGAUCGGGAUUCUACCGAACCAGAACUUAUAUCACCCCGUUUUACCGUCAAAAAUGAACAACAAAUUGAUGUUUGUUAACUGUCAAAAAUGUGGUGAAGAUUUCGUUCGAGAAGAGUGUCAGCAUUCUAUUCAAGAAAGAAGCCUAAAAGGAACUUGGGUGAUAGAAGAGGUGCUCAAAGCUAUUGAAAAAGGUUACCAGAUUAUAGAGACUUACGAAAUAUGGGAAUACGAUACAAUUCAGCUCAGUAAAGACCAAGAGGGGUUAUUUAGCGGAAUGAUGAACAAGUUUCUACAAAUAAAACAACAAGCUUCAGGAUGGCCCAAACAUUGCUUAACGGAUGAAGAAAAAAACCGUUAUAUUGAUGCAUUUUUGGAUAGAGAAGACAUAAAGCUGGAAUUUUCAAAAAUUAUAGAGAACCCCUGUUUGAGAUCGUUAGCUAAACUUAUGCUGAAUUCCUUUUGGGGUAAAUUUGCUCAAAAAGAAAACCAAAACAAAACCUCAAUAGUCAGAGACUGUGGUGAAUUCUUUGAUAUGCUGACUAAUCCUUCUAUUCAUGUAAAUACAGUUCUCCCGGUAAACGAAGAAACCCUUCUCAUAACUUGGGAAUUUAGAGAAGAGGCCUAUGACGUUUCUUCAACGGUUAACGUUGUAUUGGCUUCAUAUGUCACGGCCCUAGCUAGACUAAAAUUAUAUUCAUUCUUGGAGAAAGUGGAAGAAAGGGCAGUUUACGUAGAUACAGAUUCAUGUAUUUAUAUCUCUCGUAAGGGAUUAGACGACAUAUCUACAGGCGACUUCAUAGGUGAUAUGACCGAUGAGCUCAAUGGGGGUUUCAUAUCAGAGUUUGUUUCUGGAGGACCUAAGAACUACGCCUACAAAUAUACUACUUUGUCUGGAGAGGAACAGAUCGUAUGUAAAAAAAUACCUACACUGGACAGAAUGUUCGCUUCGACGUCACAAAGAAAUGAUGAUGGUUUGCGGGCGUCUUACAAUAUCUCGUUACUUAUAGCAAAAUCCGGAAAAACGCAUACUAUCGGAGAGAAGUUAAUUUUGCCCGCCGUUGAAGAGGUUUUAAAAACUGUUUUACACAAACCUGCAUCUGAUAUCAUUAAAAGAAUUCCCUUAAGCAACAAUACGUACUGUUGA